AUGGCCCCAAUUCGAGAUAAAUUCACCAUUCAUUCAAAAGCUGUGGUCUGCCAGGAUGUUGAACUGAAAGGAGACAUUACUAUCGGAGCUGGAACCAUAGUACAUCCGAAGGCUACCAUAUUCGCAAUUGCUGGUCCUAUUGUCAUUGGCUCCGGUUGUAUCAUCGAGGAAAGUGCAAUCGUUGUCAACCGUCGGAAAGAAGUCAUGCGAAUUGGAGACGACAAUCUAUUCGAGAUCGGAUGUCGCGUUGAAUCCCCAUCUAUUGGAUCUUUCAACACCAUUUCUGUUCGAGCACGAAUCCACCACACUGUCCGAAUAUCGUCGUUCUGUGUCAUUGGCGCAGGAUGCAUGUUGAUACCUCAAGAGGAUGAGACACUAGACGAUUAUACCGUUGUUUAUGGUCCAGAGGCUGAACGUAGAACGUGGAGUGGCAAAGGAAAGAUACAGGAAGCUGACUUGCGACGCAAACACGCCGAGUAUCUGAGAGAAAUGUUACCCAAGUUUAAUCGACUUCGACGGGGCGAUGGAGCUUGA